GACGAUCUUUGUGUUUGAUCAGCUGACGUAGGAAUGUACUUGUUACAAAACAUUAGAAAUUAGCAUACAGCACCUGAGUGUAACUUGAAGGCAGAGGAGACAGAGCGUGUUAUCAAACGUGAUCAGACUGAAUGUAGUCACCGGAGUAUGCCCACCAAUGGAUAACCCUGCGACCAUAGCACCUGUGCAGAGCGAUUGUGAAACAGAGACAAGUUCAGCUUGGAGCUGGUGGCCUUCUUGGCGCCCUACCUCCAUGUCCCUUUUGAAGACAACUGAAUCUAAGAUUCUUGCCUGUAUUCAGAACGAUCUAUGGGCCAGAUUUGUGACCCUACAAAACCAGUACCGGAUAUGGACUCUGACCAUCACCAACAAGGCGGUUCGCAAACCUGUAGAACAAGCGCCUAAGACUCCACUGGUGAUGGUUCACGGCUUUGGAGGAGGGGUGGGUCUGUGGAUCAGGAACCUAGACGCCCUGAGCCGGUCACGGCCCGUCUACGCGUUUGACCUCCUUGGUUUUGGCAGGAGUUCCAGGCCUCCCUUCCCUUCAGAUGCUACCAAGGCAGAGGAGCAGUUUGUGGACUCCAUUGAACAGUGGAGGCAGUCUGUAGGCCUGGAGAACAUGAUUCUGCUGGGACACAGCCUGGGGGGUUACCUGGCGACCUCCUAUGCCAUUCAGUAUCCAUCUAGAGUAUCACACCUUAUCCUGGUAGAUCCCUGGGGUUUUCCAGAGCGACCAAAGGUCCAGAACCAGCAGGGCCAGGGGACAGAUGUGGUGAAGAGGCCGUCCCCUCCCCGCUGGGUGAAGGCUAUCCUAGCAGUCGUUACCCUCUUCAACCCACUUGCUGUGAUUAGAGCAGCAGGACCGUUGGGUCCGGGCUUAGUGAACAGAUUCCGUCCUGAUUUCAAAAGGAAGUUUGAAGAUCUGUUUGAUGACGACACCAUGACCCAGUACAUCUACCACUGUAACGCACAAACACCAAGUGGAGAGGUGGGUUUCAGGGCCAUGACGGAGUCCUUGGGAUGGGCUAAGAGGCCGAUGCUGGAUCGGGUUCAUCAGCUGCCCGCCUCCAUGCCUGUCACUCUGCUGUAUGGAGCACAGUCCUGGGUGGACAGCUCAUCCGGAGACAGAAUGGCUCAGAUUAGGAAUCACUCCAACACCAGAGUGCUGCUGAUAAAUGAAGCCUCCCAUCACGUGUACGCUGAUCAACCAGGGGAGUUCAACAGAGUUGUUGAAAAUAUUUGUAAAUCUGUGAACUGACAUGUUUUUUGGACUGAAUUUGUUAAGAAAAAGUAUCAUGGUGGUCUUACCACCGGCACUUUUGCAUGUGAAGCAUGCUGGGUGGGUUUGCAUAUCGAGAUGCCAUGAUUUUGAUUGUAGUUUCUUUAUUGUAACAAGUUGUUGUUGUUGUUGUUGUUAUUAUUAUUCCAGUAAAACUCUUAUAUUUGUUAGAAAGGGUUUUUAGUGUUAUUUACAUUUAUUUUUGAUAUUUUCAUGAAGAGCAUUAACCGAACUGCCAGUGCCGAAAUAUACUGGGUUGUCAUAUUCCUUUAACAUUCAGUGGAACACGCACACGGCUGUGGAUGCACAGAGAUUAUUUAUUUAUUACCCAUCAGCCACAUGAUUCCUGGUUCGCACUUCAAUAUGUGCCUGACAAUUUUUCUUUAAUCCCUGCUCUUAAUGUCUUCCUCAUGUAUCAAUCAGCUGUAUUUUGUAAAAUGAAACCAGUAAAAGCUUAUUUAAACUA